AUGGAUUCAAAUACACAAGCUCAUAGUGAUUCCAAUACGAUACCUAACAGUGAUGCCAUUACCCAAGCUAACAGUGAUACUAAUGGGCAAUCUAACAGUGAUUCUAAUAGGCAAGCUAACAGUGAUUCUAAUAGGCAAUCUAACAGUGAUUCUUAUAGGAAAUCUAACAGUGAUUCUAAUAGGCAAUCUAACAGUGAUUCUAAUAGGAAAGCUAACAGUGAUUCAAAUAGGCAAGCUAACAGUGAUUCUAAUAGGCAAGCUAACAGUGAUUCUAAAAGGCAAUCUAACAGUGAUUCUAAUAGGCAAGCUAACAGUGAUUCUAAUAGGCAAGCUAACACUAACAGUACGCAAGCGAACAGUGAUUCUAAUACGCAAGCUAACAGUGGUUCUAUAACGCAAACGCACAGUGAUUCUAAUACACAAGCUAACAGUGAUUCUAAUAGUGAUUCUAAUACACAAGCCAAAAGUGAUUCUAAUACGCAAGCUAGCAGGGAUUCUAAUACGCAAACUAACAGUGGUUCUAUAACGCAAGCUAACAGUGGUUCUAAUACGCAAGCUAACAGUGGUUCUAUAACGUAA